CUUCCCCCUCCUCCACCAUUUUGAGAUUACCAAACGACUGCGUGACUUCAACUAGCGUCUCGAUUCCUUUGUCUGAAAAUGAGCGACCAGCUUUGUAAACUCUUCGUCGGCGGACUCAACGUGGACACCGACAGCGAUGGCCUGCGCAAGCACUUCGAGCAGUACGGCACCCUGACCGACUGCGUGGUGGUGGUGAACAAGCAGCUGCAGAGGUCGCGAUGCUUCGGCUUUGUGACCUACUCCACGCCGGAGGAGGCCGACUGCGCCAUGGCGGCUAGGCCGCACACCGUCGACGGCAACACGGUCGAGGUGAAGCGCGCCGUGGCCAGGGAGGACGCCAACAAACCCGAGGCCCUCGCCAAGGUGAAGAAGAUCUUCGUGGGUGGCUUGAAAGACGACAUCGAGGAGGAGCACCUCAUGGACCAUUUCAGCCAGUACGGUGAGAUCGAGAAGGCCGAAGUCAUCUCCGACAAGGAGACCGGCAAGAAGAGGGGCUUCGGCUUCGUGUACUUCAACGAGCACGACGCGGCCGACAAGGCGGUCGUGGUGAAGUUCCACUCCAUCAAUGGACACAAAGUCGAGGUUAAGAAAGCCCUGACCAAGCAGGAGAUGCAGGCGUCCGGCAGAGGCGGCAUGGGGAUGGGGGGAGGACGGGGAAGAGGCAUGCGGGGCGGCCAAAAUGGCUACGGCAACAGGGAGUACGGCAACUACAACUACGGAAAUGGCGGCGGGGGCUAUAAUGGCGGCGGUGGUGGUGGCGGCUACGGAGGAGGAUACGGCGGAUAUGGUGGCGGCUAUGGAGACCAGGGAAGUGGUGGAUAUGGUGGUGGAAACGGCUACAACGAUUUUGGAAGCGGCUAUGGGCAGCACACCUCCGGCUACGGCCCCAUGAAGGGGGGGCCUUUCGGCAGCCAAAGGAGCGCGGCUCCCUACACCAGAGGAGGCGGUGGAGGUGGCGGCGGCGGUGGCUACCCGAGAGGAGGCUAUGGCGGCGGCGGCUACUAAACGAGACUGCACAAUGGAAACCCGACCACCCAUCCCCCGCCUCAACCGACCUCCGGCCUAAACUCAAAUUCAGUUACGGGGCGUCUGUCGUGGAACCCAACCAUGGCAGAGAUAUGGACACAGAGACCCCCUCAAAUCAUAACGAAGACCCCAAACAGGUGUUCUUACUUCCUUAUUCCAGUAGGCUAUCCCAGCCAAAAUAGCCGUAGCAGUUUGUUUGUAGGAUACUUCAAGACCCUGUUGAUUACCUGGGGUCGAUUGUGAUAGGAGUCUGAAAUAUCUCUUUAGGAAAUCCACAUCCAGCAAACUAGGUUGCUAUGGUAACCUGGGUACGAGGACAUCACCCCUGAAAACGAUGGGGGUGUGUGUCUCAUCGCUGGCGGGGGGGACCAAGAGAGGCUGUGUCUUCUCCCCCUCAGGUGAAGUCAAUUUCACAACGGAUUCCAGUGUGUGGUCAAAAUGAAUAUGAAUCGCACAGGGUUAUUGACCAGAGAUUUAGAUUUUGGGUGAAGUGGGCCUUCUCCACUGAUUUUUAUAACUGUGAAUAUUACUUGAUGUAACUUCUCAUUUCAGGUUGUGGACAUUAGUGGAUUCCCUUUUUUUAAAAUGGUAUUUUUUACUUUAACUUGCCUAAAUAGGUAUUACUCCGAGAAUCUUAUUGGUUUCAACAAACUACAAGUAUAACCAGCAAAACCCAAAGUGUACUGGGUUAUUUGAAGAUAUAUUUCAAAUUAUGUAAGUAUUAAAUGAUUGUCCUAUGAUGCAGAUACACUCAAGAUAAGUCAAAGUAAAAUAAAUUAUGUCAACACACUUUAUUAAAUGUAUAUACUAAAUAUCUAUUGUUUCUUCAAGGUCGAGCAGAAAUAAUGUUGAAUGACUUUAUUGGUCAUAUCAGUUAAGAAGGAACAACUGUCUGCAGACCUGCUUCAAAAUAGGGAGCAAUGAGGGAAACUUGCCACUUUGAUCAAAUGCACACCUUACUACGCACAUGUAUGUUCACUUUGAAUAAAAACUUAUACACAAUUAUUCGACCUCAAGUUUAUUCAGGUAUUACAGUUAAAUGUUAUAGUUGCCUUUUUCCAACAGUUUCUGCACACAAAAUAUUCUUCAAACUGGCUCUGGACCAUGACCUGAGAAAGCUUCUUAAUUCUGGUUAGGUUUGUGAUUAACAGGAAACAAAAUUAUGCAGGUAUGUCGCUGUGUGUCAGAGAUGGUGCUUUUACUCAGUGCAAAACCAGCAGGGAGGCUUGAGACUGGCUUAUUCGAGCAAAUAUCAAAGUCUAUAGUCAUUUGGGGGGGGAGUCAGUCAAAUUAUGACACUGUCAAAUUUUAAGAUUGCAUCAAGCUUGGCUUCAGUGGUUUAUGCAAACCGAUGAGGUCAGAAAUGAUCUUAGUGUUAAAAAGUGAGCUGGAGUAAUCGCACAAGGGCUCACCAAGUAAUUGGCAUGUAAUUCAUACAUGCUGAAAUGGUGCCUAUGAAAGUUUCAUACAGCACAAGAAGGGGAAAGUAUAUUCCUUGAAUGAAGUUGAUCUAAUCAAAACUACUGUACUUGAGUGAUACAUGACUUGGUGAACAGCGUGUCAAUUUUCCAUUCUGUUUUAUCUUCUGUAGGUCAAUGAUGCCUCUGAUCAUUCCUUAGGACAAGAAACCUCUUAAGAUGAAUCAUCUUGAUUUCAAAAUAAAUCUAUAUAUAUUUUUAUACCAACA